AUGGCCGAUAAAUUUGUUGGAAAGUGGAAGCUUUGUGAUUCUACCAACUUUGACGAAUAUUUGAAGCAAGUUGGAGUUGGCUUUGUGACCCGUACUGCUGCUAAGGCUAUCAAACCGGAAUUGGAAUUUGUGGUUGAUGGAGACAAGUGGAAGAUGACGUCAACUUCAACUUUUACCACGUGGGUGUGUGAAUUUUUGUUGGGUGAAGAAAAGGAGCAGGCAACUGCUGAUGGGCGUAAAUUGAAGGUUUUUUUUGAAUUUUUUAUUUGAAAUAAUUUUUUAAAUUUUCUCUGGACGUUGGGUAGGCUGGGGGUUAAUUCUGGGCUGUAGAAGUAUUUUUGGUACUUAUGAAGAUGGAGGUGCCCUUUCUGCGACUUUUUUGCGGACUUUUCUUCCUUUCUUUUUAAAUGUUUU